CAGCCGCACAGGCCAGAAGCUGGCCCAGCUGCUGGUGCCCAGCUGACAGCGCUGAACUCCCCGCAGGCCACGCUCCAGGAGUCGGCCCUGGCCCAGCUGCAGGCAGAGCUGGGAGCAGCUCAGGCCAGAGAGUGGCAAAGCACCCGCACGCUGGCUGCAGCAGAGGAGACUAUCCAGGCCCUGACACUGAGAACUGCGUCCUGUCAAGAGAAGCAGAAGGAGGCACUGGAGAAGCUCAGCGAGACGGUGCAGGACAUGGCAGCCCUGCAGGCGGAGCUGGUGCGGACACAGGCCAGGGAAGCCCAGCUGGAGGAGGAGACAGCAGCCUGUGAGGAGCGGCUGAGGCAGCUCAACGGGGAGCUUAAGAAGCUGCAGGGUUUCCAGCAGCAGAGGGAGCAGGAGGCCCGGUCCUUCGAGGAGCAGCUGGAGGAGCGGAGCAGCCAAGUGCAGCACUGGCAGAGGCGGUACCAGGAGAACGCGCAGGCCCUGGCGCAGCGGGAUGAGGACCUGGUCAUAUUCAAGGUGGAACUGGCCUCCUUGAAAGAAACGCUCCAUGGUGCCGCUGAAGAGAGAGACCGCUUGCAGCAGGAACUCAGAGUCUUACGGCAGAAGUUCACGGCCUCCAGCAGUGAGGCAGAGGCGCUGCGCUCCUCCCUGGGGGCUGCGCGCUCAGACAGCCGCCGGCUGCACCGCGAGAGCGAGCUGGUGCUGGCCAACGUCAGCCAGUGGGUGAAGGAGCAAAAGCAAGCAAAUGACAAACUGGGGCGCAAGAUCCGGGAACAGAUCAAGCACAUCGCGCAGCUGACAGGCGAGAAGGACCACCUGCAGGAGGUGCUGGCGAGGCUGCAGCAGGAGAACAGGCACCUGAAAGGCGAAGUGGCCAAGCAGCGCAUUGAGUGUGAACGGCUGAAGGUGAGCAGGACAUUAGCAGGCAGAGCUGGGCCCAGGGGCAGGCUCCAGGAGGGGCUGGGGGGGGAGAGAGGGCCCUGCUGCCAAGAGCUGCUGCUGAUUUUGUGCUUCUUGUCCCAGGCUCUGCAGGGCAGCAGCUUAGACGCACGGGCCGUGCUUCGGCAGCCAUGGCCCCUGCUCCUGGGCGAGGAGUGAGGUCCCUCCCUCUUCCAGCCCGGCGCCUGCACGAUGGACCCAGCAAGGACUGUGCACAGGGCAGGCACGUCCUCUGUACCUACCUCAGCUACCUGCUGCGGGCCCGGGCCCAGCCUGCACUGUGAAUUAAGCCACGGGCCCAGGCUGUCACCUACCAGGGUGGCAGGGCGGGGGCUGCAUCCUCCUCAGCAAACCCCACUUACUAGGAAGAGCCCAUGUAUUUCAGCCAUUAAAUGUGUCGCUAGUCCA